GCGCGCUCGUUUCGCGCUGCGCAGAGGGAAAUGCCGGUAACCUCUAUUUCAACAGACUUCGAUAAAGUUUAUGAUAAGUGGAUGUGUUAUUUUGGUUAAUAUCGACAUCGAAUUUUACUGCAGCUGCACUUAGGACAUCCCUAAUUUUUGGAUGCGAUCUAAAUGUGAAGCGAGUAACGGGGCCGAGUGAGCAUGCGCAGCGAGUUGGCCUACCGCGGGCUGUCCCAGCACGUGCAGCUGGAGCGCGCGGCCGACCCGCGCGACCGGUUCACGCUGCACGAGCUCAUCGGUGAGGGCACCUACGGUGAAGUCUACUGCGCACGCGAUAACAAGUUAGGCAGACGGGUCGCUGUUAAGAUUUUAGAAAACAUUACAGAGAACAUCGAAGAAAUAGAAGAGGAGUUUUUAGUUUUUCGGGAUUUGUCUGGUCACCCUAAUAUUCCAGAAUUCUUUGGACUUUUUUUGAAACGCGGAUUAAGUUCUGAUGAUGACCAAAUAUGGUUCGUUAUGGAGCUAUGUACUGGCGGUUCAGUGACGGACCUGUGUGCGGGUAUGCGGGCCCGUGGAAGCAGCCUCACCGAGCCGCAGCUCGCGUAUGUGCUGCGAGGCACCGUCCGUGCUCUGACUCAUCUCCACGCCCACCGGUGCAUGCACCGUGACGUCAAAGGACACAAUAUUCUUCUUACUGAAGAUGCUGAGGUGAAACUUGUAGACUUCGGUGUCUCCUCGCACUUGGCUGCCACUGCUGCUAGGAGAAACACUUCUGUAGGAACACCAUAUUGGAUGGCUCCGGAGGUAAUAGCAUGCGAACAACAGCUAGACCAGUCGUACGAUUGCAGAUGCGACGUCUGGUCUGUAGGCAUCACGGCUAUAGAGCUUGCGGAAGGAGAACCUCCACUAUCGGGGCUCCAUCCCAUGAGGGCACUAUUUCAAAUACCUCGAAACCCUCCUCCGAAUCUUUCACAUCCAGAACUCUUCUCUCCUCAACUCGUCGAUUUUAUAUCGGAGUGUCUGGUCAAAGAUAUGAACCAAAGACCUUUUGCACGAGAACUUUUAGAACACCCAUUACUACUCGCUGUUAGUAGUUUUGAGGAUAAGAUACGUAAAGAACUCCAAGCCGAAAUUAAACGACAAAGAGCUGAAGGCAGGAGCUGUCGUGCACCAGAGGCGACAACAAAAAGAGGCAAACUCAAAUCACAUAGAAAAGCACGCCCCGAAAAAAUGUAUACAGACGAUCUAGCUUCGCUAGAAGUUCUUACUGAAGAUGCCAUCGUCGAACAACUUCAAAAAAGAUACACUGAAAAUCAAAUUUAUACUUAUAUUGGCGACAUUCUAGUUGCGGUCAAUCCUUUUACUGAUAUUGGAAUUUAUACGACCAAGGCUCAACAGAUAUACCAAGGCCGGUGUCGUUCAGAUAAUCCUCCUCAUAUUUACGCUGUAGCCGACGCUGCUCAUCAAGCCCUUAUGCAUCAAAAGGUUCACCAAGCUAUAGUCAUUUCUGGAGAAAGUGGAGCUGGGAAAACUGAAUCUGCCAACUUAUUACUAAAACAGCUUGUGUUUUUAUCUAAGGCGCAAAAUAAGAACUUGGAAGAGAGAAUCCUUCAAGUGAACCCGAUUAUGGAGGCUUUUGGGAACGCUAGAACGGGCAUAAACGCCAAUAGCUCUCGAUUUGGCAAAUAUUUGGAUUUGUCUAUGAUGAGGGUUGGGCGCAUAUCGGCGGCUCGAAUAUCAGUUUACCUACUCGAGCAAUCACGAGUAAUUCACCAAGCUCUUGGCGAAAGUAAUUUUCACGUGUUCUAUUACCUCUAUGACGGAUUAGAAAGUGAAGGUCAGUGGAGGAAAUUCUACUUGAACGAACAACUGAAAUCCAGGCACAGAUACUUGCAACCUCUAUCAGUUGCUCAUAGAGAACAUAACGUGCAUCGAUGGCGACAAUUGAAUCAAGCUUUUAAGGUGGUAGGAUUCCAAGAAGAGGAGGUACAAAUAAUAUACAAAAUGCUAGCUGCCAUUCUACACCUCGGAGAUAUUGAAUUUGGAGAGGCCGCUGGUGAAGAUAAUACUGACAACAGAGCUACUAUCAUUGAUACUGCCCCUUUGCACAGAGCGUCCUGCCUCUUGGGUGUUGAAACAUCUGAUCUUCGAGAAUGUUUGACAAGCAGUAGCGUAGUUGCCAGAGGAGAAACUAUAGCUCGUUACAGUUCCCCUACUGAAGCAGCAGUUGCUAGGGACGCGACCGCUCGUGGAUUGUACGCAAGAGCAUUCGAUAGAAUUGUUGAGAGAAUCAACGCGUUGCUCUGUCAGAACAGACCACAUGGAAACGACCCACUCUCGGUUGGAAUACUCGACAUUUUCGGGUUCGAAAACUUUACUAGAAAUUCUUUUGAACAACUCUGCAUCAACAUUGCAAACGAGCAAAUUCAGUAUUACUUUAAUCAGCAUAUUUUCACAUGGGAGCAGCAAGAAUAUAUGGCCGAAGGAGUGCCAGUUGAUCUCGUUGAAUUUUCCGACAAUCGACCAAUUUUAGAUAUGCUGCUAUCCAGACCAAUAGGUUUAUUAGCCUUAUUAGAUGAAGAAAGCCGCUUCCCUAGAGCAACCGACAGAAGUCUCAUUGAAAAAUUUCACAACAACAUCAAGAGCAAGUAUUAUGUCCGACCAAAAUCUGAUGCAAUUUGUUUUGCAAUCCAUCAUUUCGCGGGUCGCGUGGUAUACCAAGCUGAUGGAUUCCUAGAGAAAAACAGGAAUUUCUUGCCUCCUGAAGUGGUCCAAUUAAUGAGGCAAAGUCAGUACGAUAUUAUUAGAUUCCUCUUUCAAUGUCCCAUCACGAAGACGGGCAACUUAUACUCACCGCUGCAAGGAGAUAUCGAUUCCAGGAGCUUGGAUAGUCCUAAUUCUGGAGAUACUAGGGAUCGAUUCAACAGCCGUGGAUUGGCGUCUCAAUCCCGAGCCCAGCAGACCGUAUCAACAUACUUCCGCUAUUCUCUCAUGGAACUGCUUCAGAAAAUGGUUAGCGGCACACCGCAGUUUGUUAGAUGUUUGAAACCAAAUGAUUCGAGGUCGCCCAAACAUUUUGAUUCGUCAAAAAUUUUAAGGCAGCUUCGGUACACAGGAGUACUAGAAACAAUUAGGAUACGACAGAAUGGAUUCUCACAUCGACUGACAUUUGAAGAGUUCUUGAAAAGAUACAGUUUCCUUGCGUUCAGCUACGAUGAAGUCGUGAAGCCAGUCCGAGAUACGUGCCGUCUCUUGCUGUUGAGACUCAAAAUGGAUGGAUGGGCGCUCGGAAAGUCGAAAGUGUUUUUGAAAUAUUACCACAUUGAAAUGCUAGCAAGAGUCUACGAAGAACAGAUAAGAAAAGUGGUGCUGGUGCAAGCGUGCGCGCGACGGUGGCUGGCACGCGUGUACGUGCAGCGGCUGCGCGCGCAGAUGGCUAUUUCGGUGCUGACGCUGCAGCGACACGUGCGUGGCUGGCUUACUCGCAAGAAGCUGCAAGAACGCCAGAGACAGCUGGCCCGGGAGUUCCAGAGAGAGCAAAUGGAACACGAAGCUAGGAAACAUCAAAAACCAGGAGUGCCGAACAUAAAUAAAGCAAUGAUGAAGGCGAAGGUACUCGGGCGGAUGACGUCACAGGAUGACAAUAACGACAAAACCAACUCUAGCAAUAAGGAAAACAUCCACUCCAACAAAGCUGCUGUCAUCAUACAGAGCCAUUUCCGCGGGUAUACAGCGCGCCGCAAGUGGGCUAAGGGACGAGCACCCCCGCCGCCGGAGCACCCGGCUCCUCCCACUCCUCACCAGCUUAUUCAACAAUACUCCGCGCAGGAACGAGCCGCGCAGCUGCAUACCUUCGCAGACCAGGUACACGAUAAGAACCAAGAAGUGCACAAGAACCUACGCCGCAAUAAGCCAGGCAUCGAGCUGUCGAAAGUACAACGGCCGCCGGCUGAGUACCGGUCCCCGCCUGGGUUCACGCUGGUUCCCGCCAUCGUCAGGGGACAGCCGUCACAGGUCGAACAGGAUGCUAGCAGGCUCUCCAGCCCAUCACCCGAGUUUCUCGAGAGCCCUGCGAGGCCUUGGGACGAACCUUUGCUGUCUAAAGAAUUCGAAACUCCAAGGAUUGUUAGGUACAACAGGAACAGCAACAACGAGUCGGACCGCCACCUCCAGACCAAUCAGAACUGGCAGAACCUGCCCUGCAGCCGGCAGUGUGGAGGCCUUGUCAGAAAACAUGGUAACAAAAUCCAUGAAUUGGUUCGACAAGCCCAAAAAGAACCACGUCCUCGCCUCGUGUAUAGCCCUGCUUACGACCCGGAAUCAGAUCUACGCAAGAUUCUUAGAAACUCUCCAGAAAUUCUCGCCACUCCAGUAUUUAGCUCGGACGACGACUACACGGAAGGUCCUUUCAGAUUUAAACAACUUUUAAGACCAACUUUAGGACCUACAGAAAGUCUUCGAAAGAGAAAAGUAAGAAACACCUCAGGCCAAAGCCCGUGGAUGUCUGAUAGUUCUCAAGACAGCAUGAGUUCGAAACAACCUUUAUAUAAUAAACGGCGACCCCAGAUUAGUAUGGGUGUUUAUUAUAACUAGCCUUUUGCGUAGUAUUAGUAAGAAAUCCGUCCAAAGUGCUAAGUGCUAGCUAUGCACAUAAUUGUAAGUGUACCUUUGAAUUUAUUUCUACUACUAGUUCUAAUCAUAAAUAAAAAAAUACAAUUAAAAAUAUUUGUUAACCACCUACAUACUCGUACACCAAACUCCUCAAAUCUAAAUGCAAGGAAGAGGAAUAGCACUUAAAUUUUAAAGUUUAGAAAUUUUAAUCUUAUCUAAGAAUAGUUUAUUGGAUUGUGUUAUAAAUAAAGCCAACAGGUAGGAAUCCGUUCCCCUUUCCGAAUCGAUAUCAAUGUCGCGGUAAAUUUAGACUCAUGCUAGCACAGUUCUCUUGGAAAUGCGCAUCUACGAACGAUGUUUAUUUCUCAAUUUUCUUAAUUUAUUUACUUAUAAACUUAGCAUUAAGAAACUAUAUUUUUAUUGAAAAUUUAUGCUAUAUUUACCACCUUAUAAUUGUUUAAGUUAAGAGGAACUACCAAAGUCUUAUUCUUAAAUCCUAGGUUCAACAUUCAGAAACAAUUGUAGUUUCUUAUAUUUUUAAGAAUUUAGCCAUGAUUGUUCCAUUGUACUAAGCCAACCGAUUUUUGUCUUAUUUUGUGUUCCGCCCUUUUAUUAUCAAUAGUAGAUCUCAAUGCGAAAUUAUAUUUUGAAUUUUGCCAUUAUUAAUGAUCAGAUUCGAGUAAAACAUUACGGAAUAUCGAUUGUAAAUCAUUGACAAUCUUUGUGAUAAUGUGCCAAUGAUUAUUCGUAAGUUGAUUAUUAGUUUUAUUAUAUGUUUGUUGUGUGGAUGGUUGUAAUUGAAAUAAAUGUUGAUUGCAUUGAUGUGGUUUAACUUAUUGACAAUUAUAUACCUCCAAAAUCAAUUUGACAUGUGUACUCCCAUAUAAAAAUCUGUGUACUCCCAUAUAAAAGACAUUAACUGCAUCUCUUUGGCUUUUUUCAUAAUUAAUCAUCACUUCCAAACUUCACCAGUUGCACUAAUAACCUGCACUGAAAAUUCCUUGACAUAAGAUUAUAUUUGGUAAGUAACAGAGUUAUUUACGUAAAAGCAAGUUUUAUAAUCUCGUGAGUAUACACGCAACGACGAUGUGUUUACGUUGGG